AUGGAGAUGUUCAAGAAGUUGCAAAUCAAUAUUCCUUUUUCUAAAGCCUUGGAGAACAUGCCUCUUUAUGCAAAAUUCAUGAAGGGUCUCUUGUCAAACAGGCAUAAGCUCAGAGAGAUGGAAACAGUAGCUUUAACUGAAGAGAGUAGAGCGGUGAUCAAAAAUGGGUUAUCAUCUAAAGUCAAAGACCCAGGGAGAUUCAGUAUCCCUUGUACGAUCAGGAAUGUUAAAGUAGGAAGAGCUCUAUGUGGUUUGGGAGCCAGUGUCAACUUGAUGCCUCUUUCUUUUGCACGAUCUUUGGGGAUAACGGAGAUGAAAUCUACCUUGAUGUCUCUUCAAUUUGCUGAUAGAUCCAUCAAAAGGCCGGAAGGAGUGCUAGAAGAUGUCCUUGUAAAGGUAAAUGAUUAUAUAUUUCCAGCUGAUUUUGUUAUGCUUAAUAUGAAGGAAGAUGACAAUAUGCCUCUCAUCUUGGGGAGACCAUUCUUAGCAACUGCUAAGAUACUGAUUGAUGUGGAAAAAAGACAGAUGAUCUUUAGAGUUAAUGAUGGUGAAUUCAAUAUGCAUAUUUUUGAGGCCAUGAAGCAACCUGAAGAUAAAGAAGACGGCUUUCAGAUCGAUGUAAUAGAAGAAGCAGUCUCAGAGAAGAUCAUCGAAGAAGCAAAUCCUUUCACUAUUGAAGAUCAUUUUGCAGACAUUUUGCACUCUUCAGAGCUACUGAAUGAUGAUCAACUAACUAAGAUAGUUAAAGCCAUCGAUUAA